UUCCCGCCGCUGGUAGGCCACUUCUGUGCUAAGCAGCAGUAAACAAUAUCCACAGCGAUUUCUCUUUCCUUUUUGAAUUUUUUUUCCUGAAUUUGUCUUUUACAUGCCUCGUUCAUACCGGGACAAGCCUUUCAUAUUUUAUAAAUGCUUUUCAUUCUCUUCUUUUGCUCAUUUUUUCACAGCCCCUGUUUGCAAAUUCUUGGUUUUCACUGUGUUUAACUGUCUUUCAAUCCAACAACAACAAUUCAAUCUCGAAGCAGAAGAAAUGGUAGGUUGCAAACUUUAUGUAAAGAACACAAAUUGGCUCAGCAAUCUUUUCCAUAGCGAGUUCUUUGAUUCUUGUGGUCUGCAUCAAGAACACAGAAAGAACGAGAAAAAUGUGUUUUGCAUCGAUUGCAGAGUUGGGUGCUGUCGACAUUGUAUGGAAUCUCAUUUUCUUCAUCGACAAUUUCAGAUCUGCAAAUAUGUUUAUCAUGAUGUUGUUCGCCUUCAAGAGAUUCAAAAACAUAUUGACUGUUCUAAAAUUCAGACUUACAAGAUCAAUGGUGAAAAGGCUAUUCAUCUGAAACCACGGCCUCAGCCUAAAGACGCAAGGCCAUCCACGAAAGCGAAGCUUGGUGCUUCUUGUGAAGCAUGUGCAAGAUAUCUACAAGAUGUCCCCAAUCGCUUCUGCUCUAUUGCAUGCAAGUAUUUUCAGGUUUCAGUGGAGCUUAAAGAUCAGAGCCACAAAAUCAUCCCCUUCUCAAUUCAGGAAUUUCCUGACCUCUCCUGGAAGGAAAACUGCAGUGCAGAAAGGCAUUCAAGUGAGAACGAAUCGUCACUUUCCUUGACUGAUAUGUCUGAGGAUACUCAAGGUUGGAUCAAUUCAGCUUUGAAACCAAGAAGACAAUUGCACAAGAGAAAAGGCGUCCCACGUAGGGCUCCCCUCUGUUAGGCAAAACAAUAAACAUGUUUCUUUUUCCACAAAUCAUAUUUCUCUCUAUAUAUAUAUACAUACACUUGUUGUUCAUAUUAAGGUAUUUAAUUAUUAAGAUCACAGUUAUAUUAAUCCAUAAAUAGCCUUUCAGAACAAAUUACUCCCCAGUAGCCCCCCAUUUGGAGGUAAAAAUUAUGUUAGUCAAGAUGAAGAGCCAACAAUAAGG